AACGAAAACUUGGGCGUCAGAGGAACCCGAACUCGGGAUCUGCGCGGAGAGAACGCUGCUGGUGUGGGCGCCCUGCUUGCUGCUGUGGGCGUGCGCACCGCCCUACCUCGUGUACCUUCUGCGGCGCCCGUUCGAUCCCAUUCCUUGGACGGGGCUGUCGUACUUCAAGAUGGCGGCAACGGGCGCCCUCCAGGCGACGGCGGCGACGGAGCUGGGUUGGGCACUGGCGAAGGGCGCCCACGAGGUCCCGCCCGCGGACUUCAUCACCCCCGUCGUCCUUCUGAUAACGCACGUCAUUCACAUGUGCCUAGUACUGGUGGGGAGGAGAAAAGGUGAACAGAACAGCGGUGUCAUCUGGCUGUUUUGGCUGUUCUUUUUAUUUUGCGGACUUCCCCAACUCUACACAUCUAUCGCUGCUGCCAUUAGGAAGGCAGACGCCCCUCCCCCUAUGCUAGUGGCGACCUUCCUCGUGCAGUUCCUCUUCUGCGUCGCCCUCUUCUUCGCCAACUGCUUCAGCGACGCCCCCUCGGCCGUUAAGAGACUCAGCCAAACGGAGAAUCCCUCUCCGCUUCUGCAAGCCUCCUUCGUGAACCGCCUCUUCUUCUUCUGGAGUGGAUCCCUCGUGUGGCGGGGCUGGCGACGUUCCCUCACAUCCGAGGACCUCUGGGACUUGGUGCCCGAGAACACGACCUCCACCCUCGGCGUGCAGUGGGAAGCUGCCACCAGAAUCAAAUCUUCGCCCAUAAAGGAGAAAGACAAACACGGAGAAAUAAAAUUCACCAGUUUACCCUCAUCGGAAAGCCAAGCCCCCGUCCUACUCAGUCUAUGGAGGAUGUUUGCGAAGCCGUUCCUCCUCCUGGGCGCAAUCUAUCUGCUGGCUGAAGGCUCACGGUUCUUCACGCCCCAAGUCUUGAGCCUCGUUAUAACUUUCAUGGCGGAUGAGAAGCAGCCUCCCUGGCACGGCUACCUGUAUGCUGUGUCUCUGUUCCUCUCCUGCAUCGUCUCGACUCUCCUCAGGAACAAAUUCUACUUCAAGAUCACCGUCAUCUCAGUUCGGAUUCGGUCCGUCAUCAUGUCAGUGGUGUACAGGAAGGCCCUCAGUCUCUCCGGGGCGGCGAGACGGGACUCCACCCUGGGCGAGAUCGUGAACCUGAUGGCCGUGGACGCGCAGUGCAUCGGCGACACCGUCAUCCUGCUCUGGAGCCUCUUCGGGGCGCCCGUCAUCUUCUUCAUUACCAUGGUCUUCUUGUGGAGUGAACUUGGCGUGAGUGUGCUGGCCGGGGUUGCUGUCCUGUUCCUGAUCGUUCCUCUGAACAGCUACUUGUCCAACAGAAUGAAGAGUUUGCUGUUCGCUGCACUCAAGUUCCGCGAUCAGAGAGUCAAGAUGGUCAGCGAGAUCAUCAGCGGGAUAAAGGUCCUGAAGCUCUAUGCCUGGGAAGGGUCUUUUGCCAGCAAGGUGCAAGAAGUGAGGAAUGAAGAAAUUAGACUCCUGAAGAAAGUGGCUGUCCUCAAGGCUUUCAAUUCUUUCAUUUUUAACAGCUCUCCUUGCAUGGUUGCCCUAGCUUCAUUCACAACCUAUCUGUUAGCUUCCCCAGACAACGUACUAGAUGCCAAAAAAGCUUUCGUUUCCAUCUCACUCUUCGAUAUCAUGAGACUACCCAUUGUCAUGCUGCCAACUAGCAUCUCACAGGUUAUUCAGGCAAUGGUAGCCUUGAAACGGGUUCAAAACUUCAUUUCUGCCGAAGAAGUGGACCCGAAAGCAGUGUCCUGUGACCGAUCCGAGGCUGCUGCUGUGAUCAUACGCGGAGGUCAGUUCAGCUGGGAAGGUGGUGAGCAUCAACUGACCUGGAGGCUGGAGGACAUUAACCUAGAGAUUGGCCACAAGAAACUGGUGGCAGUGGUGGGAUCCGUGGGUGCGGGCAAGAGUUCCCUCAUCUCUGCACUUUUGGGGGAGAUGAAGAAGGUCGAGGGCAAGGUUGUAGUUAAUGGCCGCAUGGCGUAUGUGUCCCAACAGGCAUGGCUCCAGAAUGCUACCCUGAGAGAGAACAUCGUGUGGGGUCAGCCGUUCGAUGAAACAAGGUACCAGAAAGUGGUGAAAGCCUGUGCUCUUCAGCCUGACCUGGACAUGUUGCCAGGAGGUGACAUGACAGAGAUAGGAGAAAAGGGCAUCAACCUCAGCGGCGGUCAGAAGCAGCGUGUGUCUCUCGCCCGAGCCGUCUACAGCGACACUGACAUCGUACUGCUCGACGACCCCCUCAGUGCCGUCGACGCGCACGUUGGACGCUUCAUUUUCGACAACGUCAUUGGGCCUCAGGGCAUUCUGCGAGGAAAGACGCGCCUCCUGGUAACCCAUUCCGUGACCUUUCUGCCGAGCGUGGAUGAAGUGGUAGUGAUGAUGGAUGGCCGCGUGGUGGAAAAAGGAUCCUAUCUUGACCUCGUGGCCAAACAGGGCGACUUCGCUAACUUCGUCCUUCAGCACAUCAGUGAUGCUAACGAUGAAGAGGGAGAGGAAGAGCUAGAGGAGCUUCGAGAACAGCUGGAGGAGGUGCCAGGCGCUAAGUCCCUCCUUCGCCAGCUGUCUCUCAGGUCCAGCGGAACUUCGGUCAGCAACCCUGGCAGCACAGCCCCUACCGGCAUCCCCCACAAGAGAAUCCGCAGCGUGAGCGAGUCCCAGUCCCGCCACCAAAACCUCGUCCUCGGGUCCAGUUCCUCCUCCUUGAACGUUCGAGGACGAGACAUCGCUGACGUCAUUUCGGACAUAAGUGUAUACAGUCACAUAUUCGACGAGGAGGUAAAGGCUUCGAAGAAUGCCCUGCACGAGAGUAGGACUUCGUUGCACAGCAGCAAGAGCCGGAGGAAGAGUGUGGAGAUGGAGGAGCUGCCGAGCAAGACUGACGGAGGCGAAGGGACGGUCAAGGGGCAGAAGCUGGUGAUCGAGGAGACUUCGGAGACGGGGAAGGUAUCGCGGAAAAUGUACUUGGUGUACACGAGUUCAAUGGGCGCUGUCCUUGCCGUCUUGCCAGUGAUAUUUGUAGCACUCGGCCAGGCUAGCAUUGCAGGAAGCAACAUAUGGCUCUCACACUGGUCUAGUUCCAACGCCGGCACUGAUCCUACUCUCAAUACCACUUCGACUCUCAACGCCAUUUAUAACUCCAACACUACCUCUGCUCUCAGCAAUACCUCAGCCUUCAACACCUCUCCUCUCCCCUACAACACCUCUGUCUUCGGCGCCACUUCUGUAAGCAAAACGGGCGACUACAACACCACCUCUGUUUUCAAGACGAAUUCGGACGGUUUAAAUAUCACCUCCGACGAGUCCAGUGUUUCAAGGGGACUUUUUCUGACACUUUAUGGGGCCUUUGGUAUUGCUCAAGGUAGGUUCUCUUUAUGGGAUUUAGGCGUGGUAUUGUAUAUUCGGCUCCUGGACAGCGUCGUGCGUCUGCCCAUGAGCUUCUUCGACACCAACCCCAGCGGGAGGAUCAUCAACAGGUUCAGCAAAGACAUCAACGUCCUGGACAACACUUUCCCUGACAAUUUGAGGAACUUCGUGGGUUGUUUCAUGCAGGUAGUUGCUACUCUGAUAGUUAUCGUAGCCGCCACCCCCGCCGCCGGCCUCUUCGUUCUGCCUGUGAUGCUGCUCUAUUACCUCGUCCAGGUCGUCUACAUCGCCUCCUCCCGACAGCUGAAGCGCAUUGAGUCCGUGUCCAAGUCCCCCAUUUAUUCCCACUUCGGCGAAACUCUCCAGGGAGUGACAGUAAUCCGAGCCUAUAAGAGGCAAGAAGAAUUCAACGAAGAAUCCCAAAGGAAGAUUGAAUUUUCUCUAAAAGCUACUUAUACGAAUGCCGCAGUGAAUAGGUGGGUUUCUGUCAUCCUGGAGAUGAUGGGCAAUGCAAUCACCUUCGCAGCUGCAAUCGUCGGUGUUGCAGGGAGGGGCUACAUCAGCUCUGGCAUCGUGGGUCUGUCUGUUACCUAUGCUAUUAGUGUCAACCUCAUCCUGAACUGGGUGGUGCGCGUGGCCUCCGAGGUCGAAGCCAACGUCGUCUCCGUGGAAAGGAUUAAUGAAUACCUCGAGAAUGAGCGCGAGGCAGACUGGACGGCGGCCGACACGCCUGCCUCGUGGCCCGACGAUGGCUGCGUCUCCUUCAGCAACUACCAGACGCGCUACAGGCCCGGCCUCGACCUCGUGCUCAAGGGCAUCACGUGCUCCUUCAGACCGGCCGAAAAGGUGGGCAUCGUAGGGCGGACGGGGGCGGGCAAGUCCUCCCUCACUCUGGCGUUGUUCCGGCUGAUCGAGGCGUCAGCGGGAGAAAUCGCCAUCGACAAGGUCAAUAUCGCUGACGUUGGCCUGCAUGACUUGAGGGGUCGAGUCAGCAUUAUUCCGCAGGACCCGGUUCUCUUCAGCGGAACUCUGCGCCUCAACCUAGACCCGCUCGACCGCUGCUCCGACGCCGAGGUGUGGCGCGCGCUCGAACUCGCCCACCUCGCCUCCUACGUUCGCGCCCAGCCCGCGGGCCUCCUGCACCCGGUGGACGAGGAGGGCGCCAACUUCAGCGUCGGCCAGAGGCAGCUGGUGUGCCUCGCCCGCGCCCUCCUGAGGAACUCCCGCAUUCUGGUGCUGGACGAGGCCACGGCCGCCAUUGACCUGGAGACGGACGACCUGAUCCAGGCCACCAUCAGGUCGCAGUUCGCGCACUGCACCGUCCUCACCAUUGCGCAUCGGCUCAACACCAUCAUGGACAGUGACAGAGUGUUAGUCUUAGACCAGGGAAGCGUUGCGGAAUUCGACACUCCUGCGCGUCUCCUGGCUAACACGCACUCCGUUUUCUAUGGGAUGGCUAAGGACGCGGGACUAGUGUAGAGUUGCUCUUGAAAACUGAAUAAAUAGUUUGUUAAUAAUGGU